UGAGUAUCGUAUUGCUGCUGUUCUUCAGAGACUCUGAAGUUCCUUAGCAUCACUGUUUCUGUAUUGAAGCACCGAUGCGACUCUUCCCAAGACAUGUUUCCGAUGCUUAACUAACCGGCAUAUGCUUUUCAAUUGUGUAUUGAGAUUGGAAAUGUCAGCUGAAAACCUGCCUAGAAAUAACUUGUUCUGCUACCAUUCCUCUCUCUCUCUCAAUUUCCUUUUGUUCGUAUCACAAUCAAAGAGAAGACUAGAAAGACUUGCUUCUUGUUCCUACGACCUCCAUGGCUUCCGGUGAUGUUCUUCCUCGUUUCUUCAGUGUCUAUCUUUCCCAGUACAGCUCUGACUCCUUGAAGCUGAUACCAGUUUCGUACUACGAACACUUGCCGCGUCCGUUGCCCAAGACUGGCAUUCUCAUGGGCACUGGUGGAAAGAUUUGGAAAGUAGCAAUGAAGAGUAGGCAAGAGCAAGUGUAUUUUGAACGAGGCUGGGCCAAUUUUGUGGCGGAUAAUGACAUCAAAGAUGGAGAGUUCUUGAUUUUUGUCUUUGAUGGUUACAGACGCUAUGAAGUGAGCAUAUUUGCUCACGGAGGCUGCAAGGAGAUUCGUGCAGCCGUUGAAGUUGAAGAAAUCUCUGAUGGGACAGAGAGUGAAAACAAUGAGAGUUCUCUUGAAAGCGUCAUACAAGACGAGGAAGAAGAGGCCAUUGAUGCUGAUGCAAAGAGUGACACUCUGACUAUUCUCCUGAUAGUCCAGACACAAACAACGAUCUCUGUGGAAUCUGCUGAGGUGAGGUUGUACUCAUGCCAACUGAUACAGACAUGUAUGGAGCAGACACAAUAGAGAACCAACAGAUGGAUUUUGGGAUCAUAUUGAGGGCCACAGACAAUUUCUCUGAUUCCAAUGAAAUUGGACAUGGUGGCUUUGGUAAAGUCUAU